ACUUCGGCCGGCGUCGCCAGACGUGCGCUGUCCGGCUCUCGGCGGCGGCGUGUCCGCGCGUGAGGGGCCCCGGGAGCCGCAUGGCCGCCAUCAGGGCUCUGCAGCAGUGGUGCCGACAGCAGUGCGAGGGCUACCGGGACGUGAGCAUCACCAACAUGACCACGUCCUUCCGCGACGGCCUGGCCUUCUGUGCCAUUCUGCACCGCCACCGGCCGGACCUCAUCAACUACGACGCCCUCCGGAAGGAGAACAUCUAUGAGAACAACAAGCUGGCAUUCCAGGUGGCCGAGGAGGAGCUGGGGAUCCCAGCCCUGCUGGAUGCAGAGGACAUGGUGGCCCUGAAGGUGCCUGACCGGCUGAGUAUCCUGACCUACGUGUCUCAGUACUACAACUACUUCCAUGGGCGGGCACCCAUCGGCGGUGUGGCCGGUGUGAAGCGAUCCUUGGGGGAUCCAGAUGCAGAACCUUCUGGAAAGAAGGUGCUGGCCCAGCCCACCAGUCCAGGGCGGAUGAAGCCCCCAGCCCCCAGCGCCCAGCGGAAGGAGGAGCAGGGAGCAGAGGGCCCUCCCCCAAAGGCUGGCCGUGCCGGGAGCAGCCCGGUCAGCAGCAGUGCGUGUGGCAUCUGUGGGCGGCAGGUCCACCUGGUGCAGCGCUACCUGGUUGAGGGGCGGCUCUUCCACCGCAGCUGCUUCAGGUGCUCCGUCUGCUCCAGCACCCUGCACGCUGGGAGCUACCGGGCCACGGGGGAGCCGGGCGUCUUCCUCUGCACCAGCCACCAGCCCAGGGCCGCCCCCACGGAGCCCCUGGCCACCAGCACCCUGCGGCAGGCUGGCAGGGGGGGCGAGGCAGGACCUGGGCCGGCCCGGGGCGGCAUCCCCACCCCAGGGCCCAGGCUCCCCUCGGCCGGCACGGUUAGCACCCCCGUGGCCAACAGAUGCCCGGCAGGGUGGCCGUCGCCGGCACAGGGCGCAGCAGUGCCUGGCCCGCACCUGGCGGUGACCCCCCACAGCCUGGACUCCGGUCGGAGCCCUGCAUCUCCGGGCCCCAGGGCCACCCCGGCCUGGACCCCACCAGCCUCCAGGACACAGGGGGCCCGGGAGAGGGUCACACCGACACCAGGGACCUCGGGCCCCUCCCGGGAGCAGGCGCUGAGCUUCCUCCAAAAGGCCCUUCCGGGGCCCGGCGGCACCAGUGCCCCCCGACCCUCCACGGCCUCAGAUUCCCACCCUGGCUCAACGGAGGGGCCACGAGCAAGUCUAGUAGCCAGCCGGCCUCCCCAGGCCCUCGGUGCUCCCGGGAAGACUCAGUUGCCUGCGCCCCCAAGGGUGGGCACCCCUCCUGCAGCAGGGGGGAGCCGGGGGGCCACGGAGGUGGACGGUGCCAGCGCCAGGCCCAAACCCGAAUCCUCACUGGUGAAGGGCCCCGGGGGCAGCCCUGCAGCGAGUGAGGAGGACCCUGCAGCAUGGAGGGGCCGUCUGAAGCCUGUGCAGAGGGGCCCAGUGGGGAGGUCUCUGGAGCUGAAGGAGCCAAGGGGGGCCAGCGAGAUGCCCCAGAAGUUCUUGGGAAGCCCCAAAGGGGCUGUCCGUGUCACUCUGACCCCUGUGCGGCCUGUUGGCCCUGGGUCCCAGUCCCCAGUUGCUUCCCCGGGCCCCGCCCCGCGCAGGAAGCUGCUGGUGCCCCCCAGCCUGAGCCUCUCUGGAGACCGGAUCCAGCACAAGCCCAGUGGCCAGCGGGAGGGGACGGAGCCCCAGCCCCGGGGGGACCCAGGGGCCUCCCCCACGCCCGCAGGCCAGGCCGCGAUCUCCCCGGUCAGGCUGCCCGCCGACUACCUGCCGCCCGCUGAGAUCCAGAGGCAGGUCCAGGCCAUUGGGAACCAGCUGGACGCCCUGGAGCGCACCGGCGUGGGGCUGGAGCAGCGCCUGCGGGCCGCUGAGGGGGACCCCUCCGAGGACGCGCUCAUGGUCGAGUGGUUCCGCCUCAUUCACGAGAAGCAGCUGCUGCUGCGGCUGGAGUCGGAGCUGAUGUACAAGGCCAGGGAUCAGCGCCUGGAGCAGCGGCAGCUGGACCUGCAGGACGAGCUGCGGACACUGAUGGCCAAGCCAGAAGCUCUGAAGUCACCCCAGGACCGGCAGCGGGAGCAGGACCUGCUGGGCCAGUAUGUGAGCACUGUGAAUGAGCGCAGUGAUAUCAUCGACUUCCUGGAUGAGGACCGGCUCAGCCCUCCAGAGGAGCAGCGGGGACCAGAGGAAGAAGCCCAAGUACCGUUUGUCCCGCUUCUGGUCCCUGAAAGGCAGAACCAGAACCCCCGAGUGAGUGAGCCUCAAGCGAGCAAGCGGAGCCCCGAGCAGGAGCCUGUACCCGCCCUCGCCCUCGGGGCCUCAAUAAAGAUGCCCAGACCCUCCCCCUCCCUUGUUGGGGUGUGUCUGGGUCUGGGUUGCUGGCCUCCUGCUCUGGGGGACAUGCGGUGAGGGAGGGAGUGGGGUUGGCUGUGUGCAAGGCCAGUGCCUCGCCCCUGUGCU